AUGAUCGGGCACAGAACCUUAAUGAACUCUAGUAUUCCCAUAAGUAAAAUGAAGGCGUUCUACUGGCUGAUUGCUUUCCAGUGGUUCCAUCGCCAGAUUGCUGCGUGGGUUCAUGUUUCUAUGUUGUUAGCCACAGGCUUGUAUAAAAGCACAUCAGUGUUUGCGGUCUGCCUGAAAAAUGCAUUUGUUUUCCAUCUUUCAGCUCCAAGGUGCAAAGCUUUGAAGGAAAUGGAUUUAAUUAAGAGCUCUGAAUCAGACUGUUACUGCUUCCAUCAAAAUACCCAAAUGAAGUGGACCUCCCUAUGGUCUACUGUCCAGGUAAAGAUUACCAGCCCAGGCUUGCUGCAUAUUGUAUAUAUCACAGGAAGGCAUAAUUGCCAGUAUCCAGAAACCAUUAUAUCUUUUAUCAAAUGUGCGUUUCAAAACUUCUGGGCAGCAAGGGAGGCGCAUGAGGUAUCCAUCAUCGUCCAUCCAUAUGGACAGACCAUGUGUUUCUCUGUGAAGCCUGUCACCAAAACGCUUAUCUAUACACUAAGAGUGAGUCAAAACUUGAUGGAUUUCAAUCUCUUCCUCCUGUUUGUGGCUGGCCUGCUCCUCUUCUUUUAUGCAAAGACCUUAAGUCAAAGCCCUCUGUUCUAUUACAUCUCGGGGACACUGCUGGGCCUUCUGAUGACAUCUGUGUUUGUCCUGCUGUUGGCAAAAAGGUUCAUCCCCAAGUAUAGCACGUUUGGGGCUCUAAUGGUUGGUUGUUGGUUUGCUUCAAUUUACAUUUUAAGCCAAUGGACGGAAGAGCUGAAGUGGCUGUGGUCUGAGAGCAGACUAUAUUUAUUAGGCUAUGCCUCGAUCGUUGGGUUCUCCAGCUUUGCUCUGUGUUACAAGCACGGGCCUCUUGUGGACGGAAGGAGCCAGAGCCUGCUGGCGGGGGCUCUGCGGCUCCUCUCCCUGGCUCUCAUCUACUGCGGGGUCUCCGUGCCUGCGUUUGCGUACACAGCGAUGAUCCUCGUCUCCUGCUCCUCAACGCUGCACUGCCUGAUGAAGGCACUGCAUUCUAUGACCUGGAAAACGAAGAGCUGGUUCGCCUCAAAGAAACCGGUGAUUCAGUUGUUGACUGACGAAGAGUACCGAGAACAAACUGAUGCCGAGACGGCCAUUGCCCUGGAAGAACUGCACCAAGCCUGCCGCAGGCCAGACUUCCCUGCCUGGCUGGCUGUCUCCAGGCUCCGGGCUCCUAAAAAGUUUGCAGACUUUGUCCUUGGAGCAAACCACUUGUCGCCUGAAGAAAUCCACCUGCACGAAGAACAAUAUGGCCCCGGGGGCGUCUUCUUGGAAGAGCAGCUCUUUAACUGGAGGACUACCUGACAGUGCCAUCUGGAAGUUAAAUUCACUCUGGGCACGAAAGUGGGUGAAGGGACGGGAUCCCGCUUGAAGCUGAGCAGCACUGCUCUACACCGCACUGCCAUAGACACAAUUCAAGCUACACCGGAAAGGAAAGGUAAAGCGCUGUUGCAAAUAACUUAUUCUUGGCACAUUCUGCCACGUACUGUAUUCUAGGUGGCCCCCAAGAUUCUGUAGCAGCCAUUUACACUCCCCUUGAAUGAGGACUUUGAUUAGGAACAAAGGGAAUUGCAUUGUUUUGCAAGGAGCCAGUAACCAAGAACAGGGGCUUUGUCAGCACAGAGCUUCAGUCCUCUCUGGAGCUCCAGAACCUGCCUACAAAAGCCGGCGUCGCUCUUCCCACAUUUCUCCAGGGAAGUCAUGGAAGAGACCCAGGACACACAGCGUCGGUGUUUUCCACAGUCUACAGGAUGCUAGUAGGUGUCAGUUCAUAAAGGGAUCCUGAGGCCAACUAAGUUUGAUGCACUGAACAAAACGCAGUGCUGAGGGACUUCUGAGAACCUCAGUAACACUCGUGCACUGUGACUCUCUUGGGGGUGGUGGUGCUGUGUGCAGCAGAUCCCAAUUGAAUUUGACUACUGAGCACUUUCAGAGGUAUUCAUGAGUCGGUAUUAACUUGUUGGCAGUGAGUUUGGUUUGGUUUGGAUCCUUUGGAAGGCACGGCUGGAAAAUGCUUAGCUAUUUCCAUCCUUCAUUGUCUGAUGGAGGAAUCGAGGUUUGGGAAGAUUACAUAGAACCAGAAAAUGUUAGAGGCAGUUCUGGGUCUGAGACCCCAGCCCUUUGUAUGUCCCACGCCUCAGGUGAAAGAGACCUUUCUUGAGAUUCAAACCAAAGUGCCAUGCCUUUACAGACUUGAGGGUCACACAGGGUGGUUUUUUACACUCACGGGUAGCAAGCCAUUUAAUAACGGUGACAUAUGAGAUAACAUUUCUUAAGGUCAUUUAUUUAAGUUUUGAUCAGAUUUUUAUAGAAAUACAUAAAGAUUAGAAAAUAGAAUUACUUUCUGUCUUUUAUAUAGGAUAACAUUGCAGACAACGAGCCUCGUGUGACAUUUUGAAUUGACUAGUCCAUUUAAAAAAUGACACGUUUAACUGUGUUGGUAGCAAUUUCCUACAGAAUAGGUCUAUGGUCUUCCUCACAGAGAACAAAUCUUUCCUUACUUCAUGAUGUGAAGCUCCUGAAUGAAAGGAGGGACAAAUGUUUGGUUUGACCAUGGAGGAAGGAGCCCAAAACACAGGCCUGAGAAAGAAGAGCAUGCCCAAACAGUCUUUAGAGGUGCCACACUGAUUCCCUUUCCGAAUCAAACACAGGUGUAUAUUACUGUGGUGGGAUGAAAAGGAAGGGGCGUUCUCAAAGAAUUCCUUUUCUAGAAGAGGGGACAAGGGGGAAUGGGAUACCAAGGGUUCACGGCACUGUGGCUUCCCUGAUCCAAAUUUAGCAGCGUUUUUAUAAAAGGUUGAGCUAGCACAUAACUACCAACAUUUGGAACUUUCAUAUGAUUGAUUCUUCAAGUAAGCAGUCCUCCGUGAAGCAGAAUGCCAGGGUUGAAUAGGUCUCUUUGCCAGGAGCCUGAACAGUAGGCGCUUCGUUCCCUCCUUCCCACUGCCCAUCCAUGAAAGUACAUGCUGUUGAAGUCUGUACCUUUACAAAGAUCUGGAUUAAAAUACCAACAUGCCUUCCAUUCAGACUUCUAUCUGCGAUCAUGAUGAUGACUGUCCUAUCUGCGUAAAAAGUAAAACUUGAACAUUUCGCUUUA